GCUCUGGUUGAAAACAUGAUGGCUAAAUGGCGUUUCUCCCAUUACAUCUUUAUUUCAUGCCAAAGGAUAGUUGACACUUGGCACUGAUUUGUUAUUGUCGACUGAUAAAAAUCGACUCAAUAACACGUGGUAAUCGUUUAACCUACGGAUAAAUAAUAAACAAAUCUAAACGCUUGACUCUGACAACGAGGGACUGUCAAGCUGAAAAUCAAAUCCAAAAUGCCUGGCUGCAGCGUACCGGGAUGCCACAAUUCUAGUGCCAAGGGAUAUUCGAUGAAAUCGUUUCCAACGAACCUAGCGAGACGAUUAGAAUGGGCCAAAAUGAUUGAUAGAAAAAAUUGGAUACCGAAUCGCACAUCCUGCAUCUGCGAGGUUCAUUUUCCUCCAUUUAUGUGGGAGAAACCGAGGGUAGACGGAAAACGGAAAUUAAGACAUAACGCUGUGCCAACAAUGUUUCCUCUUCGUUCCAAAAGGGUGAACGCUCGCAACGAGUUAAACAAGAAUGGUUUGGAAUUAAUACCUGGUAGUUCGAAACAAAAUCUACCCGUGCCACACUCAAUGGCUGAACAAUCAGCAGCGACGGAACAUUGUGAGAACAACGUUAACAGCACUAACGAUAUCAGGACGCAUUUCAUUGCCAACGAAAAUGUUGAUGCGAUUAAAAAUGAAGUACCAACAGUGUCAUCUGAAGAAGAGGAAAAUGCGGUGAUGGACAAAAGUGCAAAGAGAGCAUUAACGAUGAGUGCGUUUUAUCUAAGAAACAUGAAGGAAAGAUUGAUCAAACAACAACGAGAAAUUCUGGAACUGAGGCAAAGGCUAAGGAAUUCCGAACGUGUCAAUAGGAAAUUGAAACGUCGGAUGGAAGAGCGAAAAAUUUGCGCCCAAGAGAUUCUCGAGUGUGUUUUGCCCAAGUUUAAAUUUUAGUCUUACAAAGUUCGAAAAAUUUUCAGAAAUGUUGAAUCAGUCACUUUAACACUUUACGCGUAAUUGAAUCCGCCUGAGUAUUGGAUUUGAAUAAAAUCCAAGACGCUAAAAUGCAGAAUAUAACAAGUACACAACGGUAUUUGGUAUGCAAGCCAGAAAACAGUUCGUACAAUUAGAAGACGGUACUGCGCUGACUAAAAAUCAAAGUAUUAUUAGUGCCUAAUGUGAGUUGUCAAGAACUCGUGAUCAAUGUAGGUAAAGAAAUGAUUGAUUUUAAUCGUAUCAGCUAAGCAGUGAAAAAAAAAUUGUAUCUUAAUUGCUCAUCAGAACUGCCAACAAGGUUCGAUUUAUAAUCAACUGAAUACGAUUAAAUUCAUAAUCAAUUGAAUAACGGAGAGAGGAGAAAGUAAAAUAUAAAGAAAGGAAGAGAAAAUAAAGCAAAGCGGUAGCGUGGUGGUCGAUGUUCCUCUUCGUCGCGACGUCUUCGAGCGCAGCAUCCCUCGUCACUGUGCCCCACGUAAACACAGAAACAAGAAGAAGCGUUUGCUCAGUCAAACAAUCACCGAUCUAUUUGCUUGCGACAUGUGUCUUAUCGGUUUUUAAUAGAAGAAAUUGUGUUAAUAUACAUCACGUUAGAAGUAUAUUUAUGAAUAUUGAUAAAGUUGAAAACUGGUCGAUGUUUGUUUGACGCUGUGGAACGAAAAUUCGCUGUACCGACUUAGACUAAACCUGCACACCGAUCGCGUUUUGACUACCAAACUUUGUCUGGUAUUCUUUCCUGCAUUCAACGAACGGAUAUUGAUAAAUAAUCGCAAGAGCUAAACGAAUAAAUACCCAUUCAAACAAUACUCGGCUUAAUCCAGGGUUGUUAAAAAUUUUUACAAGAAACAAUCCAAAUCAGGGAAUACAUUUUGUUAUACUUUAGUAACACCAAGUUAAUCGUCAGACUUGCAUUUUACAUUUGAAUAAGGCAUAGCAUUAAAAUGUAAAAUAGGUAUUCCAAUCCCGUUUGUUCAAAUAUGAAUGUAAUAAAUCGUUUUGUGUAUAA